CAGAGGAACCUACGGGACAAGGGAGCUCAGGGAUUCCAGAAAGGUCUAUGCUCAGCGUGAAAGCACCUCCCGCGCCCAUCCUGUUUGUUUCUCCUCCUGAGGCUUUAAAAGAAGGUGUUUUUAACAGAAUGCAGAUGAUGUUUCAACAGGAAGCCAGCCUGAUAUGGACUUGAAACAGGACUGUGUCAGGCCGGAGUCUGUAAAGGCGACCCUGCCUGCUCUGUGAUUAUUAUCAGCCGCUGUAAAGUCGCCUAACGGCCUCAGGAUUACAGAGGGAACCUGCAGAAGAGAGGAGGAGGAGAAGAGAAAGAGAGCUACAGGAACAAUGCUAAAGAGGUUGUGGUACUAUCGCAGUGUCUCCCUGAUCGUCCUCACGCCGCUGCUGCUGCUCCCUCUUCUUCUCGUCAUCAGGACAAAGGAGGCAGAAUGUGCCUUCGUGUUGCUGCUGAUGGCAACGUUCUGGGUGACGGAGGUGAUUCCUCUGUCCAUGACCGCCAUGCUCCCCGCCGCCCUCUUCCCCAUGUUCGGCAUCAUGAAGUCCUCAGAUGUGGCGAAGGAGUACUUCAAAGACUUCCACCUCCUCCUCGUAGGCGUCACCUGCCUCGCCACGUCCAUCGAGAAGUGGGGUCUCCACCGCAGGAUCGCUCUGAGGCUCGUCACCAUGGUGGGAGUCAACCCUGCAUGGUUGAUGUUGGGCUUCAUGUCCGGCUGUGCGUUCCUUUCCAUGUGGGUCCAAAACACCUCAGCGGUUACAAUGGUGAUGCCCAUCGUGGAGGCCGUUCUCCAGCAGAUCCUGAAGGCCAGUGAGGGGGGAGGUCCUGGUGAGGACAACCCCGACCUGCAGCUUGAUGAAUCUGAUGACCGUGUGGAAAAGAGAGAAGAAGUUAAGAGUGACCAGAAGGAUCCAGAUGUUAUUGAAGAAACCUUCACUGUACAGAUGCAGACAGCGCUGCAGCCUGUUGCAGAUCAGGAUGCUGCGUGUCAGCCUGUAUCUCCCAGCAGGAGUAAACGGGACCUGAUGAUUUGUAAAGCCAUGUGCAUCAGCGUCGCCUACUCCUCCAACAUCGGAGGCAUCAGCACGCUGCCGGGCACCUCGCCCAACCUCAUCUUCUCCGAGUACAUCAACCAGGUUUACCCAAACUGCAGCUGUGUAAACUUCGGGAACUGGCUCCUGCUGUGCCUGCCCAUCAGCGUGAUCAUGCUGCUGCUCACGUGGACGUGGCUGUGCUGGCUUUUCAUUGGCUCAGACUUCAGGUUCCUGUGGAGGCGUGGAGGAGAGAGGACUGAGAGAGACCGAGCAGCCAGGAGAGUCAUAGAGGAAGAGUACAGAUCUCUGGGACCCAUGAGUCCUCAGGAGAUCUUCACAGCGAUGGUUUUCCUCCUGAUGGUGUCUCUGUGGUUGACUAGAUCUCCUGGUUUCAUCCCAGGCUGGGCUUCUCUCUUCCCUCAUCACUCAGGCUACAUCACUGACGCUACGGUGGCUCUGCUGCUGGGCCUCCUCUUCUUCAUCGUACCGGCCUACGGACCCUCGAAGACGUACGGUAAAUAUGGAAGAGAUUAA